AUGCAAUCAGAUCUCUCAAAAGAAAUAAUUGAAGUACACAAAAUAAGAGGAAAUCGUUCACCUACAGUAGGCGCUUCUCCACGUGGAGAAAAAGAAACAACUUCAUCCUCAUGGGAUAGACAUGAAGAUAUGCUCUUGAAAAAUAUGGCCAAUGCCAAUGAAGUUUCUGGUAGAAGUUUUGGUACGAUACCUGUUGAAUUGAAGCAGUAUUUAGAUCAGCCAAAUAUUUCAAGGUUAUCAAAUGCGCUAAAAUUUUGGACCGAUAGUAGGCAUUUUACUCCCGUGCUAUCAGAAAUAGCUGUUAAAUAUUUAAUUUCUUCUGUUACAUCUGUAGCAUCUGAACUAGUUGCUCCUAAAAUCAAUCUGUUAGUGUCUAAUAAUCGUAGUAGUCAAACAGCUGAACAUAUAAAACAAAGAGUAUUUUCAAAAACUCUUACUGAAAAAUAUUGGUACACA